AUGAACAAACAAAAAUCUAUUACCUCCUUUUACAAACGAAAAGAGCCAGAAAAUGACAAAAUACCUGAAGAAAAUAAUCCAGUUAAUGAAGAUACUCCUACCCGGACACAUAAUCAUGAAGAAGAAUAUCCAUUUUUAGGGCCUACAAAGCAUCGUCGCCGAUUUCAAUCUACUUGGUUUGCUAAGUUCCCAGAUUGGUUGGAAUAUGCACCUUCUAAAGAUGCUGCAUUUUGUUUACCUUGUUAUCUGUUUACUGAAACACCAAAUUAUCGGGUAAAAACGUUUACUUUGACUGGAUUCAAAAAUUGGAAAAAAGUCAAUGGCGGGAAACGUUGUGGGUUCUUUUCUCAUAUUGGAGAAGGUCCAUGUACAGCUCAUCGAAAUGCGGUUCAAUUAGGUCACAAUGAAACAAAUAAUUAUGAGAAUCAAGGAAACUAUCUUGAAUUUAGAAAGGUGUUGGCUGCAUAUUAUAAAGAUGUUUCCAAAGCUAUACGACAAGUUCCUUAUAAUGCCAAAUAUACUGCUCCCUCGAUUCUAAAAGAGAUUCUCCAUAUUAUUUCGAAUAAGGUUCGCAACUAUAUAAGACAAGAAAUUGGUAACUCUAAAUUCUGUAUUAUUGUUGAUGAGACUCGAGAUGAAUCUAAAAGAGAGCAAAUGGGUCUUUUUUUAAGGUUUGUUGACAAAUAUGGAACAAUUAGGGAGCGAUUGUUUGACCUUAUACGAGUUUCCGAUACCACGACAGCAACACUUAAAAGAGAAUUGUGUUCAGUUCUUGCUCGACAUAAUUUAUCUGUUGAAAAUAUUCGAGGGCAAGGAUAUGAUGGUGCUAGUAACAUGAGAGACAGUGGUAGAGGAGCUAAUCAGACGAGUACUUUAAAAAGAGCUGGAGAUACACGUUGGGGUUCACAUCUUUACUCUAUUCAUAGCUUGAUGAAAAUGUUUGAUGCAACAGUGUUAGCACUUGAACACAUUUCGAAUGAUAAGUCUUGUAAUUCUUCCCAACGUGGGGAUGUUGAUGCUACUUUAGAUCUAAUGAUUUCCUUUGAUUUUGUGUUCAUUGCCCGUUUAGUGGAAGAAAUUUUGGGAAUUGCUAAUGUUCUAUGUCAAGCCUUACAACAAAAGUCCCAAGAUAUUGUCAAUGCUGUGAAAUUAGUGUCUACAAAUCAUGCACUAAUUCAGGAUAUGAGAGAAAAUGGAUGGGAAAGUUUUUUAGAGACGAUGGUAUUGUUUUGUCACCAACAUGAUAUUUUAAUACCUGAUAUGAAUUCUCCUUAUAUAACUCGUCAUCAAUAA